CUUCGUCCCGCCCCGCUUGCUAGAGCUCACGGGGCGCAGGCGCAGGCGCAGAUCAAAGCAUCUCGUUUCCUAGCAACGGGAGCCAGUGCGGAGAACAGCCCCAACUCUCACUGCAGCGCCUCCCGGUGGCAGUCUGCUGUAUCGGGGCUUCCUGAUCUCCCCUUUACAUCCCCUUUAAACCUCUUUGGUCAUUGCUUCUCAACUCCUGGCUCCCUGCUUCCUCCCCAUUGCAAAAAGGGUGGCUCCACUUCCCUCCUCUGUUAUCCCUCCUCCCCGCGACCUUCACCCCACUCUUGGUUCCAGUAUCCUCAAGGGCUCCAGAGGUGCUUUUUCUUCCUUCUCUCCUUCUACCCCGGUUUUCAGUCUCCACUCCGCUAAAGGAAACCAUGCACGGAGGUAACAAGACAGCUGUUCCUGCUCAGACCCCUGUGGGUAUCUGCAUCUCUGAUACCCUCAUUGCCAAGCGGAACUUGGCUUUCACAAAAGAGGAGGAUCCUUCGGAGGUGACGCCUCAGGCUCUUGCUAUGCUGCAGACUGUUCGGCUAGAUCGAGAGGGCAUUGGCUAUAUUGGAAACCUGGAGUCCCUCCAAGCCCUUCACAGCCUCUACCUCCAAGAGAAUGAGAUCCAACGAAUUGAGAACUUAGACUGCCUGCCUUGCUUGCGCUUUCUAACUCUGGCAGGAAACAAGAUCCAACAUGUAGAAAACCUUCAUGGUCUCCAGCAGCUGCAGCUCUUGGACUUGUCCCACAACAAAAUUGCAACAUUGCAACUAGCUGAGCUUCCCCAGAAACUCCUAGUCCUUAAUCUUUCUGGGAACGAUUGUACCAAGCAGGAUGGCUACAGGGAAAUGGUGAUAGAGUUCUUACCCCAGCUUCUGGAUCUAGAUGGUGAGACAGUGCCCGGUUGGGAGGACCAGGAGGAGGAGGAGCACAAAGGGACAGACACCCAGGAUGAGUUCCCAGAGUUAAGUGGCCCCUUCUGUGCAGAACGAGGCUUUUUCCAGGAACUAGAACAGGAAUUGGCCAGAAACAGGGACAGAAGAAUAAGAAAGGCCCUGAUGGAGCAUGACAUGAGGAUGGCAUUGAAGCCUGUGAUCACUGAUCUCUCACUGCUGCCAGGGGCCCCUUCACCUAAGAGCCACAGUCCAUCCUCAGUGGCCAAGCAAAACACAGCAGAGACCAAGCCCACUACCACUUCCCCUGGGAAACCUUCUGCCAUCAAGAAACCCCAUGGACUAGACAGCCAGCAGCCAAGCCACACUGUCCAGAUGGACAAAAAAGGGAGACUGACCACCAGCACCCAAGCCAAAGCUCAAGGCACUACCAGAACAGCAACCAUCAAGGCCAAGAAGUGAAAGGCCACAGCCUCGUUAUACCCUACGGGAAGAAUAAAAGAUGGGGAAUAAGAGAAAUAGAGUCUUUAAAUUCUCAUUCCUUGACUGAAGUUCAUUCUAAUAAAGAAUAUCUGGUUCCUAA